AUGGAGCAGGAGCUGCUGAAGAUCCUGCGCGGCCUCAAGUCCCCGCGCCACCUGCUUCAGACCCACGCCCAGCUCCUCGCCCGCGGCCUCUCCGCGAGUCCACGCCUCCUCCCGGCCCUCGUCUCCGCCGCGUUCUCCAUCUCCUCCUCGUCCCCGCGCCAGGCCGCCGCCGCGGCGAUCCUUCACGCUGCCGGCGCCGGCGCCUCCACCGUAGCUCACAACACCCUCAUCGAGCGCCUCGCCGGGCGCGGCGGCGGCGGCGGCGGCCGGGACUGCUCCGCGGCGGACGCGUUCGCGGCCUACGCCGCGAUGCGUGCGGCAGGGGUGUCCCCCAACGGGUUCACCUUCACCUUCCUGCUUCGCGCGUGCGAAUCACUGAGGCGGCUGCCGCUGUGCCGGUGCGUCCAUGGACAGGUCUUGAGGUCUGGGUUCGGCUCCGACGUUGUCGUGCAGAACGCUCUCCUCAACGUGUACUACAAGUGCAGCGACCGGGGUGAUGUUGGGGUCGCUCGCAAGGUGUUCGAUGAAAUGGCUGAUAGGGACGUGGUUUCUUGGAACUCCAUAGUUGGUGUGUACAUGUCGAGCGGAGAUGCGACAGGGGCCAUGGAGUUGUUUGAGGCGAUGCCGGAGAGGAACGUUGUCUCCUGGAACACUGUUGUCGCUGCAUUCACGAGGGUGGGGGACAUGGUGUCGGCACGUGCUGUGUUUGAUAGGAUGCCGAUCAGGGAUGCCAUUUCUUGGAAUCUCAUGAUCUCAGGGUAUGCAGCAAGUGGCAAUGUUGAGUCUGCAAGGUCACUUUUUGAUCUAAUGGAUCGGAAGGAUGUGGUUUCGUGGACAGCUAUGGUCUCUGCCUAUGCAAAGAUUGGGGAUCUAGAUUCAGCUAGAGUGCUGUUUGAUCAGAUGCCUGAUAAGAACUUGGUUUCGUGGAAUGCAAUGAUAACAGGGUACAACCACAACUCAAGGUAUGAUGAGGCACUGCGCACGUUUCAGCAGAUGAUGCUUGAGGGAAGAUUCAUGCCUGAUGAAGCAACAUUAGUAAGUGUCGUCUCAGCCUGCGCUCAGCUGGGCAGUGUUGAAUACUGCAACUGGAUCAGUUCUUACAUUAGUAAAAACAACAGUCAUAUAACUGUUGCAUUAGGAAAUGCUCUCAUAGACAUGUCUGCAAAAUGUGGAGAUGUAGGAAGGGCACGGUUAGUUUUUAAUAAAAUGAAAACAAGAUGUGUCAUUACAUGGACAACAAUGAUAUCUGGUUUUGCUUAUAAUGGACAGUUUAGAGAAGCUCUGUUGAUCUACCAUGAUAUGUGCAGAGAAGGAGUCACACUGGAUGAUACAGUCUUUGUUGCUGCACUUGCUGCUUGUGCUCAUGGAGGUUUAUUGCAAGAAGGUUGGAGCAUCUUUAAGCAAAUGGUUGAGCACUAUGGGAUUGUGCCAAGGAUGGAGCAUUAUGGAUGCAUAGUGGAUCUACUUGGUCGAGCUGGUAAGUUACAGGAGGCAGUUCGAUUUAUUGAAAGCAUGCCUCUUAAGCCUGCAGUUGUCAUUUGGGUAACUUUGCUUAGUUCUUGCAUUACACAUGGUGAUGCAGAGUUGACAGAGUAUGUCAGUGCAAGGGUAGUUGAAAUAGAACCUUUUAAUUCUAGUUAUCAAGUGUUGGUUUCCAAUUGUAGCGCCCUAGAGGGAAGGUGGGGCAGUGUGAUGGAUGCACGCAGAAUAAUGCGUGACCGGGGAGUUGAGAAAACACCUGGUAGUAGCUUGAUUCAGGUAGGAAAUGAGGUACAUGAGUUUUUGGCUAAAGACACAAGGCACAAGAAAAGGAAAGAGGUAUAUGAAACUUUGGAUGGUUUAAUAGCCCUCAUCAGACAUACAGAGCACACCCCUUGGAUAAGUUAUUGCAGCACACUUGAGUAA